GCGUCGUCUCCCGACGCCUCCUGCCUGGGCCGGGCCUGGGCCUCUCCGCGCCCCCUUAUCUGCCGCGGCCUGUGCCUGCUGGAGCUCCGAGCUCCACGCUCUCUCCUCUUCCCGCCUUCCCGUCCUCCCGCGGUCCCCCGCCCCGUCUCGCUCCUCCGCCGUCUCCCGCCCAGCGGCAGCUUCCCCUUUUCGCCCUCCUUGGCCGCCCUUUGCCCCUUCCAGUCCUUUCCCUCUCGCCUCGGAGCCCCAUUCUCGUUGGCUACCUCUUCGGCCCCACUCCUUUCUUCUCCCGCAUCCCUCGUGCCUCGCUCCGACUCCAGCCUCUCGUUCUGACCCCAGGAAUCUCCCGAGGAGCGCAACUUUACAGCUGGAGACCCCGGGCGGGCAGUGCCCCUGGACAGCUCCCUGCUUGGCGUUGUCCCCACACUCCAAGCCCCGUCCUACCCCUCUGGGUUCUGACUAGGAAUUUUCCUCCGUUCAUGUUUAACCGCGACAGGCACAGACUCUGGGUGAAAAGAAAGAACUUUGUGCUUUGGCUGCAGCGCUGCGAGUAUAAAGGGAUGAGUGGGUUGCACGGAGAGGUGUGAAUGUGCUUUUUGUCCUGGGGGCCGAUUGUUUCCUCCCGGUCUAGUUUGCCUCUUAGAGUUGCUGGGCAUGGUUUUCUUCCCCAUACUCUACGCUUCCUGGUGGUCUGGGAGUUUCGAAAUCUUUAAUGUUGUGAUGACAACGCUUACCCGCGCAUCCCUUCUUGAUCGUUCUUAGGUCGUCUCAGGGGCCUGGAAAUGUAGACCUAGGCUUGGGAUUCAAGGAGGUCUUGGUUAAAACGGCAAGAUGUAAAUAAGAUUGUGACGCAUCCAUUUUGUUGAAAGAAAAAACCAGGAAUUUGGCCUUUUGAUGGAGGAACUUAGAAGAACUUUGUAAUUUUUGUAAGGUUGUGGAAAAUCCGAGGCAAAGUUAAAUUGCCUGGUGUGAUUUGACUUAAAGUAACUUCGAAUAGGCUUUUUAAAGUUUCAUCUCUUUGGAGAUUGUUCAACUUCACGAGUUCACUGCAGUGAAAACGCCAAGACUGUCUCCCACAAAUUUAAUAUUAAUGAAGAAGGGCAAGCCAAUUAUAUCUGUUGUCCGGAGUUAGUUGUACAGCCCUUUCUUUGAAUGGGGAUCUGGGGAUGCAGAGGAGCCUAAUGAGCCUUUUAUAAUUACAAACAUGCUCUUCUCUAGCUCUUAAGGUUAUGCCUAAUGCUCACCUUUGUUCUUGGCUAAAAUAACUGAGAAAAAAAGUGAGUAGUAAAAAAAUGCUGGAAGUCUGAAAAUGGUUUAGACAGAACUUCAUUCCUGAAGUUUUAGUCUGUAGCCAGAUUUUAAUUCUGGCCUGUUUUGGUUUUUAGAUGAUAGAUCUUUUAGUGUGUCAACAGGAAUGUAAAGUUUGUAUUAACAUCUAGGGUGAUCACCUGCCAUGCUAUUAAGUCAGCAUGGUAUAAUUAAAAGUUACAUAUGUAGGUUCAGAGCCUCUUAGCACAGUGUUACAUUGUAAGCUCUUGGAGGGCAGGAAUGAGAUUCUAGUCCUUACGGAAAUGGAGUUUGGGCUUCUAUCCCUAGCAUUCAUUCUAGUGCCAUGCGCGUGGUAGGAAUUCUGUAAAUAUUUGUGAAAGAAAUGAAUUUCUGCCUGUAGGGUUCAGCAGUGUAUACUUAAAUGUGAUGUGUACGUAAAUGCUGACUGAUUUCCAGAGAGGGCUAAAGAGGACUUGGGGGGCGGUCUGCGGGUUGGGGAGAUUGGCUCAGAUGAUUUAUGAACUCGGUAAGGGCUGAACAUUGACUAACGGAUCAUAAGGUAAUUGAGGAACAUUGUAAGUCAAACUUCAAUUUAGUUCUACCAGCAGGAAGAAUUUGUUUACAACCUGCAAUAGUACUCUUUUAGAUGAUGUGAAGCUUUGAAAAUAUUGAAAUAAGUGAUUGCUCACCUCUCCCCCCAGGUAUAUAGGAAUUGAUUGUGUAUUUGGGGGAUCCUACCCUAAACUGAGAAUUAGAGACUAGUGAAGCAUGGGAUUGUGUGGAUAAUGUUUCUUCAUGUUUAUGUACUUAAAUAAACCAGCAAAAUAUACGUCGAGAAUGUAUUUAAAUUAUUUUUUUGUCCUAAGAAGUUGAGGUGCAGGCUGGCUGAAUUUUUUUUUUUUUUUUUUUUUAGUAGCUGAAUUCUUUUGAGACUGUUUUCAGUGUUCCCCAGAGAGCUCUGCCUAAAAUACCUUAACUUCCGCAAAUAAGUAAAGUGAAAAGUCCUGAUUCCUUGCCUCUUUAUUUUGCGCUGGUACUCCAAUAAUAUAAUGGUUACUUUAUAUCAAACAUUAUGACACCUUGACCUUUGGAAUAUUAGAGGUCUCACAAUAACUUCGGAGCCACCUUGAGAAACGAGCAGAUAUGAAUCAGAGAGGACCCAAGGGCCGGUGGAGAGGCGCUGCUCCCUCUGAGAAUGCCCAAGAGUGGUGGGGGCGGGAGGGUGCGGGUAACGGCUUAGAAAUAAAGAGGUGAAGUGAACCUUUUGCUUCAAAUAUUCUCUAUUUCUAUUUUUUUUUGUGGUACUUUUCUUCUGAUUCUCACUGAUAUGUUCAUAGAUGCUGGUUUGCUUAAUUUGUAUUCAAAAUUUGGUACUAAUAACCCUGAGUGAAAAAAUAAUUUGGAGACUAGAUUCAAGGGUUUAUUAACAGACUUCUCUGUUGUGUUUCUUGUUGCUUUGGUUGGUUCUUCAUCUACCUUUCUCUGUUUAAAUAUAAAAAUCAGGUGGAAAAUAUGGAGGACUUUGAUUAAUCAAAAUAGUUAAGAGAUCAUUUAGUGGUGCGUCUACACAAUAGUCAUUUCUGUUUUUUUUCUUUACUUUCAACCUUUCUUUAGGCUAAAGAGAAGUUUGUUUGUUCUCUUUUCUUUUUCCACUCGUGCACAAUGAAUUUUUUAGGGGGUUGCAAGUGUAUAGUUCAUUUAUUUUCUUUCUUGUUUAACAAUUAAUUACACUAUUCCAGGCUAUGAAGAAAAACACAAAUGGAAGUAUCAACCUUACUGGUAGAGUGCAUUUCUAAUUCUGCUUUCACAGUGGUAACGUCUUGUUCUCUAAAACGUGUCUUCCUGUGAACAUAGCUGUCUGGGUCAGGACUGCUCUAGAGAAAUGCUAUCAUGUGUCAUGAAAGUUAUACUUAACUAGGGUUAGGCCAGACAAAUACUCAGUGUCAUUUUAAAGAAUCAGAGUGCUAUAAUUUUAGCUAUUCCCUUUUAUUUCUGAUGUCAUUUUGUUCAUAGGUUUCUAGACCAACUGGGGAGAUUCCCGUUAAAAAUGUAAACAGGAACAUCGAUAAGUAGUGUAAAAACUUGCACAAUGAAAUCCGAAGCCAAGGAUGGAGAGGAGGAGAGUCUACAGACUGCUUUCAAAAAAUUAAGAGUGGAUGCAUCAGGGUCUACAAGGAAGUCUUCACGAGGAGCAGUGAGAACUCAGCGUCGUCGACGUUCUAAGUCUCCUGUCCUUCAUCCUCCAAAGUUUAUACAUUGCAGUACAAUAGCAUCUUCUUCCAGCAGUCAACUCAAGCACAAAAGCCAGACUGACUCACCUGAUGGCAGCAGUGGGCUGGGAAUUUCAUCCCCUAAAGAGUUCAGUGCAGGAGAAAGCUCUACUUCUCUCGAUGCUAAUCACACAGGGGCAGUCGUUGAGCCUUUGAGAACUUCUGUUCCAAGGCUCCCAUCAGAGAGUAAGAAGGAAGACUCCUCUGACGCUACCCAAGUCCCCCAAGCAAGUCUCAAAGCCAGUGAUCUCUCUGACUUUCAAUCAGUUUCCAAGCUAAACCAGGGCAAGCCAUGCACAUGCAUAGGCAAGGAAUGCCAGUGUAACAGAUGGCAUGAUAUGGAAGUGUAUUCCUUUUCAGGCCUGCAGAGUGUCCCUCCCUUGGCUCCAGAACGAAGAUCCACACUUGAGGACUACUCUCAGUCGCUGCACGCCAGAACUCUGUCUGGCUCUCCCCGAUCCUGUUCUGAGCAAGCUCGAGUCUUCGUGGAUGAUGUGACCAUUGAGGACCUGUCAGGCUACAUGGAGUAUUACUUGUAUAUUCCCAAGAAAAUGUCCCACAUGGCAGAAAUGAUGUACACCUGAUAGCAAGAAGCUAAUUCAUAUGCUUUAAACCAAUGAAGGCUUGUCAAAGAGAUUUAGUUAAUGGCAGACCUUGUGGCCACUUUGUGUGAGAAGACAUCUCUUUCUGCUCACUGUGCUUGCAAUAAAAACUUUUCUUGGCAUCUCAGUUAAUCUUCAUUCUUUAAACUUACUCUCUUGAGUUCUUACAUACACUUCAAGGCGAGCAGAUCAAAGAAAAAUCCCCCUUAUUUAGAAAUGUUCCUGGGGGAUGAAGAAACCAUAAUUACUUGAGACUGGCAGCGGUGGGUAUAUGGUAAAAGCCUUUGUAAAACAGUGCGUUUUUCAGAUUUGUUUAAGGUUUGCUAGCCAAGGAAAGUAAAAUGUGAUUUUGUAACUGCACUAAACAUUUGUCAUGCUGUAGUUGCCAGCCUAGAAUAUUAGAAGUUACAAGACUGAUUUAAACCGUCUCUGAUUUAAUGCAAGAUAUAUUGUGUCUAUAAAGGUUUCUCUUGUUAUUGUUAAGCCAGAGAUCUAAGGUUUAGAUUCAAUUUGAAUAAACUAGCUGGCCUGCCCUCUA